GACCCAGAAGCAGUGGCAUCAGGGACGAAAAAGGAGCCACGUAAAAUAGAUUUUGGAGUGUUACAACCCAAUUCUUCACUUAUAUUUGAGAAGAGUGAAGGCUCUUUCCUAAUCCUUACAGGCAAAGCAAAGGCUCGAUCAACCCACACCAGUCUCUUCUCAGCUGACUGGGACUUCCAGAAGAUGGGCAUUGGUGGUUUAGAUGAACAAUUUAUUCAGAUCCUCAGAAGAGCUUUUGCCUCAAGAGUUUUUCCACCAGAAGUAACAGAACAGCUGGGAGUGAAGCAUGUCAAGGGUCUACUGUUGUAUGGACCUCCAGGUACUGGCAAGACCUUAAUGGCCCGUCAGAUUGGAAAGAUGCUUAAUGCUCGAGAACCAAAGAUUGUUAAUGGUCCUGAGAUUCUAGACAAGUAUGUGGGAGAGUCUGAAGCCAAUGUGCGCCGCCUCUUUGCUGAGGCUGAAGAAGAGGAGAAGCGCAUGGGUCCCAAUUCUGGUCUUCACAUUAUCAUCUUUGAUGAGGUUGAUGCCAUUUGCAAACAGAGAGGUUCAGUUGCUGGCAACACUGGUGUCAAUGACACUGUGGUCAACCAGCUUUUGUCCAAGAUUGAUGGUGUAGAGCAACUCAAUAACAUUCUAGUCAUUGGCAUGACCAACAGAAAGGACAUGAUAGAUGAUGCUCUGCUGAGGCCUGGCAGACUGGAGAUCCAAGUAGAAAUUGGUCUUCCUGAUGAAAAGGGACGCUUUGACAUUCUCAAGAUCAAAACUGCAAAAAUGAAGGAGCACAACAAACUGGAUCAUGAUGUUGACCUUGCAGAAGUUGCCUCCUUGACAAAAAAUUUUUCAGGAGCAGAACUUGAGGGUCUUGUGAAGGCUUCCUCAUCCUCGGCCUUGAAGCGCUACAUUCACCUGGGAAACAAAAUUGAGGUGGAUCCUAAUGCCAUUGACAAAUUAAAAGUUACUCGAGCAGAUUUUAUCUACUCCCUUGAAAAUGAUGUAAAACCCUCCUUAGGGACCAGUGAUGAAGCUUUGUCAAAGUUUAUUGAGAGGGGAAUCAUUAAUUGGGGAGCAACGAGAGAACUGGUGGAAAAGGGAUUGAUGUUUGUAAAGCAAGCAAGGUCACCUGAAACUAGUAAUCGGCUUUGCCUUUUACUUGAAGGGGCACCAACUGCAGGUACUUCUGCAAUGGCAGCAUAUUUGUGCAAAAAUUCUAACUUCCCCUUUAUAAAAGUCAUUAAUUCUCGAGAAAUGGUUGGUUUCAUGGAGGCUUCCAAGUGUUUGAGAAUCAGUAAAACUUUUGAUGAUGCGUACCGCUCUGAACUAAGUUGCAUUUUCAUGAAUGAUCUUGAACACUUGAUGGGAUAUUCACCCAUUGGCCCAAGAUACCAGUCCCUUGUUCUGGAUGCCAUGUACUCUCUUCUGUCAGCCUCCCCUCCUCCAGGCCGUAAAUUACUUGUCGUCUGCACAUCUAAACGUCGCUCAGUAUUGGAAGAACUGGGUCUCCUUUCAGCCUUUACAGCUGUCAUCAGGGUUCCUUAUAUUGCACAUGUGGAAGAUGUUAGACUUGUGCUUGAGGAAUCACAAGCAAUGAGUCCAGAUGAGAUUGAGGCAGUUCUGAAGCACAUUCGUCAUGGAAAAAUCUUUGUUGGUGUUAAAAAGCUACUGGGUCUCCUUGACUCAAUGCGUGUCAUGAAGGGAGUUGACUGGCGCAAAAGAGUAGCAUCUUUUGUUAACUUGUUAGAAGAUGAAGGGGUGUACACUCCAGAACUGUAAUUUGUCUUGGAAGAGUGAAACCAUUUGCAUUCAUACAUGGCCAAAUAUACAUGAGAGAAACUGGUGAGGAAAACUGCAUGGAAACCGUUGCCCCGAGUGAGGAAGCCCAACCUACACUCGGACUGUGGACAGGAUUCGAACCCAUGCGCUUGGAGACCCCGCGAACCCCAAAGCACACAUGGUUCCACUGUACCACGGCAGCUCAUGACAUACCUUAUUUGCCAAGCAAUCUUCCUUUAAGCUUGAUGACCUCCAAAUGUGCUGAGAGGCUUCCUGCCAGUUUUUCUACGUGAUGGGGAAUAGUACUAUCCUAAAUAUCCUGUAUUUCUAUUUUUAGCUUUGCUAUAGUUGAAGCCAGGGCCGGCCCAAGCCUCCAUGGGGCCCUAAGCGAAAUUGUAUUUGGGGGCCCCCUAAGUAAAUAAACAGGUAGCAAUGUUCUUACUGUAAAUGUGUCAUGUUUAAUUAUUUUUGGUUUAAAAAAAAAUGCAAUGGCAAUGUGGAACAAUAAAUUGUAAUGCAAGAUCAAUAAAAACAAAUAACACUUCCAAA